UCUCCUCUCCCUUGGUCCAGAGCAGAGCCAGCAGGUGGCUUGCUAUGAACUGACCCUAGAGGGAAAGCUAACAAAGAAUUUAUCACUGACCCAUGGUAAGAUCUUGUGGCCUGAUAUAAAAGAUAAAAGUUGCAUCCUGUUCUUGAAUCUCCUAGCUCUGCACUCUCCUGGGAAGGAUCUUCAUUCAGCACUAUGAGCACUGGCCUGGGAUCAGCCUGGCUCUUGGGAGACCUCUCCAGCCUCCUCCAGACCUCACUCUUGCUUGGUUUGGUCCUACUGCUGCUAAAGGGGGCCCAGUUGUACUGGCGCAGGCAGUGGCUACAUAGAACCUUCCAGAGCUUCCCAAGUCCUCCUGCCCACUGGUUCUAUGGGCAUCACCUGGAGUUUCAGAAGGAAGAAGAAUUAAAGGUGACAGUAUCUUGGGCGCAGAAAUUUCCUUGUGCCUUUCCCCGGUGGUUCUCCGGGUUCGUGGCGUUUCUCCAAGUCUAUGACCCUGACUACAUGAAAGUUCUGCUGGGCAGAUCAGAUCCAAAAGCUAACUUAAUCUAUGGAUUCUUGGUCCCCUGGAUCGGCAAAGGGCUCCUGACCCUGGAUGGGCCAGUCUGGUUCCAGCACCGGCGGCUUCUGACACCUGCCUUCCAUUAUGACAUCCUGAAGCCUUAUGUGGCACUAAUGGCUGACUGUGCCCGAGUGAUGCUGAAUAAAUGGGAGAAGCUCAUCACCCAGAGCUCCAGCCUAGAGGUCUUUGAGCACGUCGGCCUGAUGACCCUGGACACCCUCAUGAAAUGUGCCUUUAGCCAUGAGAGCAACUGUCAGACCGAGAGGAAUGCCAACUCCUACAUCCAGGCCGUGUGGGAACAGGGAGCCCUGUUAUUCUCUCGGGUUCGGUAUGCCCCCUAUCACAAUGACCUCAUCUACUGGUUCAGUCCCCAGGGAUACAGGGCUCGCCGGUCUGCUCGCCAGGCCCAUGAACACACAGACAUGGUGAUUAGGAAGAGGAAGCAGUACCUCCAGGAGGAAGGAAGCUUGGAGACUGUCUUGAAGAAACGACACUUGGAUUUCCUGGACAUCCUCCUCUGUGCCAAGACAGAGAAUGGAGACAGCUUGUCAGACAAGGAGCUGAGGGCUGAGGUGGACACUUUCAUGUUUGAGGGUCACGACACCACUUCCAGUAGCAUCUCCUGGCUUUUCUAUUCUCUGGCCACAAAUCCUGAGCACCAGCAGAAAUGUCGGGAGGAGAUCAGGGGCAUCCUGGGAGAUGGCACAUCCAUCACUUGGGAGCACCUGAGCCAGAUGCCAUAUACCACCAUGUGCAUCAAGGAGUCCCUCCGCCUCUAUACUACAGUACCAAGCAUCUCCAGACAGCUCAGCAAGCCCCUUACCUUCCCUGACGGCCGCUCCUUACCUGCAGGAGCCAAUGUCACUAUCAACAUAUAUGCCCUUCACCACAAUCCCAACGUGUGGCCGGAACCAGAGGUGUUUGAUCCUCUGCGAUUCUCCCCAGAGAACUCUGCCUCCCGGCACAGCCAUGCCUUCCUUCCCUUUUCUGCUGGUUCCAGGAACUGCAUCGGGCAGCAGUUUGCCAUGAUUGAGAUGAAGGUUGUUGUGGCUCUGACCUUGCUCCGCUUCCACCUGGCACCUGAUGACACUCGGCCUCCAGAAUUUAUGUCCAGGCUGGUCCUCAGGUCCAAGAAUGGGAUCCACCUGAAGCUGAAAAAGCUCUGAGGAUGAUGCCUUGAAGGAGGAAGAUGGCAGUCCUUUGCCCCCCAUGCAUUCCCACUCCUACCCCCUCCCCCUUCCCACCCAACCCCUUCCCAUGCCCUACCCCUUUCCCCACUCCCAUCCUACCUCCUUCCCCACCCUUGACCCAGCCAGCCAGCCCUGCCUAGGCUCAACUGGGGGGUGGGGAGGGCCUUUGUCUACCUGUCCUCCAUCCCCAUCUUCCUCUGUUUACCCACAAAUACUUUUAUCUGCAAUAAAAAUUCAAUCAUGGGAUCACA